AUAUCUGGCUCUGACUCAUUUUGGCCGUCUCAACGGUGUGGAAGAGCCAAAGUGGAAAUAUUAUUUCCACCCUUUUUUGAUAAUCAACCAAAUCGAUCCAUUAAAUUUGACGCGUCCACUUUUAAUGUUACCUUUGCAAUGAAUGAUUUACCCUACACUCCAAGUAACCUAAGUUUAAUUUCACAUGACGCGCAUAUUACUUUGCAGAAUACUUCAAUCCAUUUUAUGGAAAUAAGCGCAUCCGGAAAAUCUCAAAUUAUUGGUGAUGUGAAGGAACUUAACGAUACUUUUAUCGCAUUAGGUUAUAGUGGCUAUAUUGGAGUUAAUAUCGCUGUCGGAAAAAAUAGUUCACAACCUUAUAUCGAUUUAGAAUCUGAGAGUGGCUCAAUAUCAUUGAAUUUGAAUGAUACGUUCGCUGGCGAAUAUGAAAUCUUCUCAAAAUCCCAAUCAUAUGCACGCAUGAAACCAUUUCUA